GCCAGUUUUUUUUCUGUUUUUACCAAUCGGAUAAAAAUGAAAUCGUUUGUCUGUGUAUUGUUGUGCUCCUGCUUGGUGGCCGGUAUUUAUGCUGCCGCCGUGGAACCCGUGGUCGAGGAAGUGAAAACCGAUGUGAAACCAACUGAUGCUGUUACACCAGCCCCCGAAGCGGAUAUGGUGAUCGACGAAGAUUGCCACCAACCCAAGGAAACUGGCCGCUGUUUUGCCCUGUUCUAUCGUUUCGCCUUCGAUGUUGAGAAACGUGAAUGUGUCGAAUUCAUUUAUGGCGGUUGUGCCGGUAACUCCAAUAAUUUCGAAACCAAAGAAGAUUGUGAAAAGAAAUGCAUGAAGAAAGCUGUAGAUGUGAAAGAAGAAAUGAAGGCUGAAGAGAAAACUGAUGCUGUAACAAAUGUUCUACCCGAAGUUGCUAAGGAAGAACCUACCACAGCUGAUUCGAAUGUCAACAGCACUGAAAAAAUUGCUACAACAGAAUCAUCGUAA